ACCUCCGUGGGCGGGGCCAGGGCAGCCUGGGCAGGAAGGGUAUAAAGCCAGUAGGAUUCCAGUUUCACUACAACAGGAGACAGCAGGUAGGAGAAGACGCCACAGACGGAACAGACCAUAUACUACUGUAGUGUACCUUUACAAGGAGUCAUGGUGAAGUGUGUAGCCGUAAUUCUGUCAGGGUGUGGAGUCUAUGAUGGGACUGAGGUCCACGAGGCGUCAGCUGUACUGGUCCACCUCAGCAGGGCUGGAGCUAAGGUCCAGAUGUUUGCCCCCAACGUGGACCAAAUGCAUGUAGUGAAUCACUGUGAGGGGAAACCCACAGCUGAGAAACGUAACGUCCUGGAGGAGAGUGCUCGAAUCGCCCGCGGCGAUGUGUCUGACCUUGCCAAGCUAGAGAUCACCGCCUUCGACGCCCUCGUUAUCCCAGGUGGUUUUGGCGUGGCUAAAAAUCUGUCUGACUGGGCUGUGAAGGGGAAGGAGUUCACGGUUCAACCCCAAGUAGAGAAGCUGAUUAAGGGGUUCCACGCUGCAGGCAAGCCCCUGGCUAUGUGCUGCAUCUCCCCUGUCCUAGCUGCUAAGGCCCUGCCGGGGUGUGAGGUCACCGUGGGACAGGACAAGGAGUGUGAGAGAUGGCCCCAUGCCCAGACGGCAACUUCCAUGAAGGAGCUGGGCUGUAAACACGUGAAUAAGAAAGUGGGGGAGGUCCACAUCGAUGUGAAGAACAAGCUGGUCACCUCCUCAGCCUUCAUGUGCAACGCUCUCAUACACGAGGUGUUUGACGGGGUGGGCGUCAUGGUUACAGAACUGCUCAAACUGGCCUAGGACACGUCUGAGAUGCAGAAUACUGAUUAGCUGUGCUUCUCAAAAGAUACCCUGCUCCCUUUAUAGUGCUGAUGUGAUCUUCUCAAAAGUCACCCUGGUUCCCUUUAUAGUGCUGAUGUGAUCUUCUCAAAAGACACCCUGCUCCCUUUAUAGUGCUGAUGUGAUCUUCUCAAAAGACACCCUGCUCCCUUUAUAGUGCUGAUGUGAUCUUCUCAAAAGACACCCUGCUCCCUUUAUAGUGCUGAUGUGAUCUUCUCAGAAGACACCCUGCUCCCUUUAUAGUGCUGAUGUGAUCUUCUCAAAAGACACCCUGCUCCCUUUAUAGUGCUGAUGUGAUCUUCUCAAAAGACACCCUGUUCCCUUUAUAGUGCUGAUGUGAUCUUCUCAAAAGACACCCUGUUCCCUUUAUAGUGCUGAUGUGAUCUUCUCAAAAGACACCCUGCUCCCUUUAUAGUGCUGAUGUGAUCUUCUCAAAAGACACCCUGCUCCCUUUAUAGUGCUGAUGUGAUCUUCUCAAAAGACACCCUGCUCCCUUUAUAGUGCUGAUGUGAUCUUCUCAAAAGACACCCUGUUCCCUUUAUAGUGCUGAUGUGAUCUUCUCAAAAGACACCCUGCUCCCUUUAUAGUGCUGAUGUGAUCUUCUCAGAAGACACCAUGCUCCCUUUAUAGUGCUGAUGUGAUCUUCUCAAAAGACGGGAAUCGGGAGCCAUUUGGGAAGUGACCUCACAAUCAUGUUUGUUGUUGUUGUUGUUGUUGUUGUUGUUGUUUGUUUCCCUGGAGACCCUCCUGAUUGGAAUGUAAUUGUGUUGUGUUGUGUUGUGUUGUGUUUCUGUUGCUUCAUCUGUCUGACUGUGGAAAUACUUUAUCAACAUCGUAAUAAAACCAAAUUCUAAAAAUG